AGUUACCGUCGCGCGGGAUUCCACAUGGCUCCCUACUACCUAGACAUGUGCACUACAUAGGGUACAAUAUAAUGGCUUCUGAACCCUAUAUAGUGCACUACUUUGCUGCUUGUGCGCCAUUUUGCAUUCAGAUACUUUUUUAUUCGCCGUUGCCAUGGUGAUGACGAUGGCUUCGUUAGUCAAGUUGGAGAAGCGUGUGCUAGCUACAUUAGCUACGUUAGGUGCUUAGUAGGCAGGCUGUCUAGCACCAAACAAACCGAGGACCUAGCUAAUGUUUCAAUAUCGUUUUCAGUUUAUGGGAUAUUUAGUUUAGCAAAAUUAAAUGAAGGAUAAGUGCAGAAUGUCAUACGCCGGUAGCAAGUAUGAGAAGGGAAACUGCACACCGGAAGUGUCGCGCAGCGGAUCAGGAUGUUUGAAUGGAGAAAACGCUCGCGCUGCUACUCAUUCAAGUUAUUGUGAAGAGAGAAUGCAAGUGAAGUACAGCAGCAAUCUGGCAAUGUUAAGUGACGAGCUGGAGAGAAGAACCAAAGAGACCCAGAAGCUUCAGGAAGAAGUUGAACAAGCUACAAGGCUCACUAUGGAAAGAAUGAGUCGGGCAUUUAGCAGCACAGAAAUGUCUGGAAGUCAUAUUUCUACAAAUCAUGAAUCAGAGGGAUCUCCAGAAUCUGCAGUUCAUGACCAACAUUCUUACAUCCAGUCCAUAAACUAUGAUGUAGAUGUGAACGGAGCAAGUUGUCUGAAUUUCCAAGGCAGAGAUGUUCUUGUGCACGUGCUAGAGGACUAUUCACAACAAGUCUCAGACCUCCAAAAGCGGCUGAGAGAGACGUAUGAGCUGCAUGAACUGCAGAAGUUUCAUUUCCAUCAGUCCAUCAUCAAAUUAGAGAACAAACUGCAAGAAAGCCAAACUGAGAAAGACACCUUGGCAAACUUAAGACUAAAGGAAUCUCAGGAACAUGCCAAGCUAAUGGAGCGGCUACAGGCAGCUCAGCUAGAGCUGCACUUGAUUAAACAGACCGAAGGCCACAAACUGAUUGAAGCUGAGGACAAAGUGAAGACUUUAAGCAGGAAAGCAGAGAUGAUGGUGCAAAUGCUGCAGGACAUCUUCACCAGGCUUUCAGAUUAUGAGAAGCGCAGUGGAAAAAGCAGCUGUUUUUGCUAUGACACAGCCUUCAGCCCUAGCCAGCUUCCUCUAGGACCUGCAGUGGAGAAAGCCCUACGAGACCUGGAGAAUGACAAACAUGGCCUCCAGGAGAAACUGCAAAUGGUGGAGAGACGACUGAAAGACUUGAAGGAACAGGGUCAAGGAAAAACAGAGUCUCUUCUACAGGAGCAUAAGGAAAGAAUGGAGCAGAUCAUGACUAGUCAUGAGCAGAAGGUGGCAAUGUUGACUGAGAAACUGAAUAGCUCUCAGACUAACGCAGAUGGCCUGCAACACCAGUUGGAUGUAUUACAGCAACAGCUCCAAAGCCAAACCUUGCUGCACCAAUCAGAGAUGAGUGAUAUGGAGUCUGCUAUCUCCAUUCUGCGCUCAGACCAGCUAGAGAAGCAGAAAAGCUACACGGCUAAGGUAAUGGGAAAAAAAAUAAAAAAUCACUCCUCAACAAAAUUUCAGAAGCUGGAUGUGUUUUCAUUUGUAGCGAAAUAUAUGAUACACAUGCUGUUUUUCUCAACAUCCUCCAUACACUCUGUAAAACAAAGGAGAGGCUAUAAAGUGUGCUGGUUUCUUGGAAAGGGAGUGAACUGUUGGCUCCUCGAUUAGGUCAGUGUUCUGGAGGAGGCCCUUGCACAAGCAAAAUCCCAGGCAGAGCAGGUCCUGAGGGAGAGAGACCUCUCGCUCCAGCAAGUUGAGGAACAGGACACCUAGUUGUGCUGGCUUACAGUAAUACAUGUU